AUGAUAAUAGUAAAAUUAUUCUUUCUUAUUGGAUAUUUUUAUUUGAUUAAAUCAAAAACCGUUUUUAUGCACAACUUACCUUUGGGAGAAUACCGUACGGUAUUUGAGAAAAUAUAUUCUUGUCAAUCGACAAAUUUAAUUGAAUUCAACACUUAUUUCAGUAAAAGGACAUCAAAUAUAACCGAGAUGAAGGGAAAUAUUUCAUUGUUGAUACCGUUUGACGAUAUUUUUUCUCUUGAUGUAAACGCCGCUUCUUGGAGUUUAAUCGGUGGUUGGAUACCAAAUUCGAUGGUUUAUUUAUCAAAGAAUGCAUGUAAUAGUUUGAAAAAGUUCGCAGGAAACGCAUGGUAUUCAAUAAUUAAAGCUUUUAACAUUCCUACAACUAGCUGUCCAAUUCCUUCGGGUACAUAUAUUACAUCAGGGAUGAAUUUAAUGGAAUUAGAAAACCAUAACUUUCCAAAGGUGUAUUUCUAUGGAAAAUAUAGAUUUACGUUCAAAAUAAAAAAUGUAGAAAAUAAAGUAAUUUUUUGUGCCGUAUUAGAAUUGCGUUUAAUACGACCAUGGGAAAAACCAAUUUGA